UUUCAAACUGCACCAAUAAGAGCAAAAAAACAAAAACGACGUGAAUUGUAGCUAUUAUAUGCCUACUUACACUGGACAAAGAGAGGUAAUUGUGCUGAACCACCACUAAAGCCCUGUUUCUAUUUCUGUCUCGGAAACAAUCUAGGUGGUGCAGAUACUCUUAUCAUUGUUGCAAAUCCACAACACAGCACUUGUCCGGCCCACCGCCCAUCCAUUAGCACGCCUCUGGGAGGGGAGCAGAGCUGCUUUAAAAGUUGCAUCUGGGGCCGGUGAGCACAGGAUCUUCUGACCCGCACAGGAAAAACUUGAACCGGCAAAAUGGUUGAAUGGACAGACUUUGAGCGCGCCACCAUCCAGGAAAUCUUCUCUAAGAUGGACUAUGAUGACGUGGGCCCCGCUGCUCUCUCCAGGUGCCUGGUUGUCUACCCCUGGACUCAGAGGUAUUUCGGCGGAUUUGGAAACCUCUACAACGCCACUGCCAUCAUCGCCAACCCCAUGGUUGCAAACCACGGAAAGGUUGUCCUGCACGGUAUGGACCGGGCUGUGAAGAACAUGGACAACAUCAAGGAGACCUACGCCGAGCUGAGCGUGCUGCACUCCGAGAAACUGCACGUGGACCCCGACAAUUUCAAGCUGCUGUCCGACUGCCUCACCAUCGUGGUUGCUGCUCGGAUGGGCAAUGACUUCACCGGUGAUGUCCAGGCAGCUUUCCAGAAGUUCCUGGCCGUGGUGGUGUCCUCCCUGGGAAGGCAGUACCACUAGAGAGCUGCAGCACAAGAGAAGACCAUCGCACGCUGGAUCAUUUAUUUAAAUGCUCUUUGU